GAGUCUCGGUGAGGUUCGCUGUCAAAAGCGCUGCUGCAAAGAGGGCAGAGACCGUGUUUGUGCAGAUAUCUAUCAUUUCUCGUGAUAAGUGGGUGCUGUGGCGUAAUAAAACACAUUUACUCCUGUGAAGUGAAGCAAACUGCCUCUCCACAAAUGCAAGCUAUUAAAUGCGUGGUUGUCGGCGACGGGGCGGUGGGUAAAACCUGUCUCCUGAUCAGCUACACCACAAAUGCCUUCCCUGGCGAGUACAUCCCUACAGUGUUUGAUAACUACUCUGCCAAUGUGAUGGUUGAUGGCAAACCGGUCAACCUUGGCUUAUGGGAUACAGCAGGACAGGAAGACUACGAUCGCCUCCGUCCCCUCUCGUACCCGCAGACGGAUGUGUUUUUGAUAUGCUUUUCAUUGGUGAGCCCAGCAUCCUUUGAGAACGUCCGUGCAAAGUGGUACCCCGAGGUGCGACAUCACUGCCCCAACACACCCAUCAUCCUAGUUGGCACCAAACUGGAUCUGCGAGAUGAUAAGGACACCAUCGAGAGGCUGCGGGACAAAAAGCUGUCGCCCAUCACCUACCCUCAGGGUCUGGCCAUGGCCCGAGAGAUCGGUGCAGUGAAGUAUCUGGAGUGUUCUGCUUUGACUCAGCGCGGUCUAAAGACUGUAUUUGACGAAGCCAUCCGCGCCGUCCUCUGCCCUCCACCCGUCAAAAAACGCGGCAAACGCUGCACCCUCUUCUGAGUAAACGCCACAACAGUUCCUGGCACUCCACACAAAACUACAAUAUUUUUAAUCAGCCUCUUGGAGAAUAUAUUGUACUACUCUCACAGGUUCGGUGACAGCCGUCCAUCAAGUUCUAAUGCACAUUACAUGAAGAUGAACCAUUGGCUAGAUGCGUCCAGUCGGAGGGAAACCUUGUGGUAGAUGACGUUUGUUUUAGUUCUUCACAGCCUCACACGCCCAGAGACGUAAUAUUCCAUUUCAGAUCGUUUAGAUGAGAAGUUUUAGUGGUACGGUGUAAUUGUUGACAUACUGUAAGGAAGUGUUUCUUGGUGUUGUAAAGGAAGCCUGUCAAAGAAAUGGAAUCGUGUAUAAAGCUAACCAUUCGCAGUAUUAGCAUUGCUGACGGCAUUAAAGUCAACAUGAAACCACAUUCGUGUGACAUAACAGGAUAUUCAGUGAAAAAGAAAUGUUGCAAAUGUUUGGAAUGUGAGAAGUGUCGGUGGUCAUGGAAGGGUUAACGUUUUGCAUACCUUCUCACUAAGUUAUAUAUAUAUAU